AUGUCACCUAUUUGGUCUUCGAUUAAAAAGUUGCGGUUAACGAUCAAUAUGAGAGCACUUACUGAUCCAUGGUUUUCGGAUUUUCUGUUACGUGUCGGCGAUGGAGAUGAAGAAUCAGUAGACGGAAACUUUAUUCGCAUACUUGAUGACAUGACCAUUCCUUACACAAGUAAAAAUGAGUCGAAGGAUGCUUUGAUUGAUGCAAUCUUUCCUUCUCUUCAAAGCUGUGAGACUGCUUCAGAUUAUAUCAUUUCGAGGGCGAUACUAACAACUAAAAAUGAGCAUGUCGACGAGAUUAAUGAUCAGUUGAUUGAAAAAUUCUGUAGAGAGGAAAAAAUUUACUAUAGUUUUGAUGAWGYAGAAGAUGASAAGAAUAACUUAUAUCCGAUGGAGUUCUUAAACUCACUGACUGUUAGCGGUUUGCCUCCUCAUUACCUUCGGCUUAAAAUUGGAUGUCCAAUAAUACUAUUGCGGAAUAUCGACCCCUCAAAUGGAUUGUGUAACGGCACGAGGUUGAUAUGUAGAGGUUUUCAGCAGAAUACUAUCGAUGCAGAAAUAGCUGUUUGCCAACAUGCUGGUAAAAGGGUAUUUUUACCAAGAAUUUCUCUAUGUCCGUCUGAAGAUGAUAUGUUUCCCUUUAAAUUAAAGAGAAAACAAUUUCCCGUUCGACUUUGUUUUGCCAUGACAAUCAAUAAAGCUCAAGGACAGACAAUUCCAGUGGUAGGUGUUUAUCUACCGGAAUCGGUAUUCUCGCACGGCCAACUUUACGUGGCAUUGUCCAGAGGGACAUCACGUGGCAAUACGAAGGUAUUAGUGAAACCUACCAAAAAGUUCAACCAGGAAGGAGUCUACACAUCAAAUGUAGUGUAUCAAGAAGUUUUGAAUGAUGAUUGUGUAUGA